CGGCCCUAGGUUCUGCGACUUCCGCUUAAAAGGAUUUACAUCCUUUUCAGUUAAUUUUGCUUGCAAAAUAGUUUGAACAGCUUCGGAAUGACGGUACUUCCGCCUUUGAUCUUUCGAUAUCUCCCUCUCUCUCCCACGCUCUUUCCCCUCUUCUUCUAUCUCUCUCGCACGUCGUUACGUACUUUGAUAGUAAUUGACGAAGAACAUCGCGUCACCGAGCGGUGGUCUUCCCCUUUUUUAACACUCUUCAAUCGCGCAAAGCGCGUUUCAAGUGUUGGCUAUCAUCAUUUAUCGUCAUUGAACAAUUAUCCCCUCCAUACCGAUUAAUCUACAUCGGACUACUCGUAACUUUCAUUCAAAUACCAACGAUAUUUCUUUAUCACUCGUAUUUGGGUGAAAGAUACUCGAAUGGGAGUGGAAGUCCCCGAAUAGUAAGAGUUUCUGAGACUCGUCGACGACGAGAGAGAUACAGAUUCACGACACCGCGAUCACCGUUCCUGACCGUGAUAAUCGCCGCGGAUCGCGACCGAGAACUCUAAAAACACUCUAGCGGCUGGAAGGUCUCGGGAAGUCCCGAAAGCGACGAGGCCGAUUGGCUGGCAACCAGCACCGUCAGCGUUAUUACGGCGUCGCGACGCUCUUACCGAUGUUGUAUCGCUCGGUUCCUCGCUGCGACAGCAACCGAAGUAUUGUUAAAGAGUUAAAUUAUUUUAAUAUUAAAAAAGAAAUUCAAUCGGGAGACUCGGUCGCGAUAUUCCAAGAAGGGGAAAACUUGCCAACAGGAAACACAAAUUCAGUGGAAUAGCGUUUCUCGUUAUUGCGGAUAUCUAACGAGGAAAUCUGCUGAAAGUCUAACGAUUUUCCAUAAAAUCAUCCAGUCUAUCCAAAAACGUAAGAGAGAAUGGGCAUGGAAAAGCCAACCACCAAGAAGAUCUCAGGGGACGGUCUCUCCCUGAAACUCCAUUCGAAUAAACAAAUUCUGGAGAUCACUGGUGAUGGAUGCAACAUCAGGGUGAAUAAAAAUUCUGGAAGCGUGAAGAUCAUCGGCGAUGGUUGUCGAUUGAGGAUAGACGAGAACACGGGAGAGGUGGAGUAUACCGGUGAUGGCGGGCGGGUGCUGUUGGGUGCGAAAUCCAUCAAGGACAAGGUGAAGUACACCGGCGAUGGGGGAAGAAUUACCUUCGACGGUGAAUCGAGGACCAAGAGCCGGAAGUUUGAGCAACCCUUUGAUAAAUUUGAUAAAAUCGAAGGGGGGAAGAAAGGGUGUCCGAAGGGUGCCGAAGAGAUGGAGAACGUUUUGAACGCCGAAAAGGAAGCAAAGGGGAAAGAGAAGAAGAGAACGAGGAUCGUCACCACGUUUCAAUUUGACGAGAAACUUAUAGAGAAGUGGUUUGCGAGUCCUAACGAGGUGGUCAAGUCGUUCGAUGGUGCCUCUUUCGUGAAGGUCGUGCCGAAACAGAGGAAGACCACGAUCGAGGUUAAAUGAAAGUGAAUGUGACUUGAUGAAUAGAGAUAUGCAUUGAGAAAUAAUUAUAUUGGGGACUUGGAAUGGGGUCGAAAUUAGAAACAGACUGUUGCCAUUUGGUAAUUCUAAAAAUUUGGAAGAUGAAAUGUUAAAAAUGAAUUUCAGUCAAUUUGAGAAAUUUUCAAGUGAAAUGUUUUAAUUGUAAUAACAAGUAUUAAAACAACGCUGUAAUGCUUUAGAGGCGUGAUUUUAACUACAGUUCCUAUUGUGAAACACGUGUUUCCAGAGUUUCAAGUUUUUGCAAAAAUCAUUAUUUAUCAAUUGCUUUCGAAGGAAACGCGUGUCUAAUGAACCUGAGCGUGAGAUAACAUAUUCAAUGUUACAUGUAUUUUCUAGAUUAUUUAAAAGUUCAUUACGCCGAUGAUCAGCCAUAUUUAUACACGAUUCAUCAGUAUUUUUUCUUCUCACAUAAUCAACGUCGGCAUUGUGAAGCUAUAAUGAAAUGGGUUAAUAGUUAUUAAAUAUUCUAUUUAUUUCUACAUCAUUAGUCAACUUAAUAACGAAACAGUAUUUCGUCGAGCUUAUCGAUCGACGCGUCUUAUAAUUAAUUUAUUGAAUGGAUUGUGAAAUAAAAAAUUUACAAAUA